GCAAGGGAAUGAAAACUAGAAGGAAAGAGAACAAAACCAGCGGGAAGAGUGAGCCAAAUUCUUGGUCAAAAUGCAGCUUUACACUUGCGGUUGAAGUGAGCGAAUAAAGAAGAGAUAUGAAGAAGCUUAGGUGGGCAAUGGACUCUGGUGGAUUUUGGGAAUUGGACUUAUCCACUCCAAUUACUCUCAAUGGCCAAGCACGCUCAGUUCCUGGUGAACCAUUGCCUUUGGGGUUGUCUCGUGGUUCAAGGCUUUCAAGAUGUCAACAAAUUGAUUUCUUUCAGCGCUUCAUGGCCAUGCCUUUCGUCCCUUCUUUCUCCCCCAACACGGGCUUCUUCCUACAACGGGUUCUUUCUCUCCCUAUUGGUGAGAGCUGGUCUACUAUGCUGCUUGGACAGUUAAAUGUCCAGAAAUUUGUUUCUUCUCUAAGAAAAAAUAAAACUAAGCAUCUGCCAGACUCCUCAUGGCUUCAAUCCAUUGGAAGGAACUUUAUCCAAAAAUCUUUUUAUGCCCUUGGCUUCUCUUCAGAACUGUCUCUAACACCUGACGAUACAUUGCUCAUAAGUUUCGAUGCUUAUGGUGAUGAGAAGAUGCCUCAGAAAAAAGCAGUUCUACAUCAUAAGUUUCCUCGUCAUAAUCUUGCAAUGGAGGCAGCUUGGCCAGGACUUUUUGUUGAUGGGAACGGGAGUUACUGGGAUGUACCAUUCUCACUCGCACUUGAUCUUGCAUCAACCGCUCUUGACUCUGGUGCAAGCUAUCAUUUGUUUUUCAACAAUUGUGCAGGUUCACCCAAGCAGUAUGAAGGUCAGCAUAGUGAUGAGCUACCACCUGCUGCUUUGCUUCCAGGAUUCACUGCCAAAGGUGUAGCUUCCUUGAAGAAAAAUAUUGACCUUUGGCGAAGUGAAGCGUCUAUGCUAAAAAUGGUGCAACCAUAUGAUAUAUUCCUGUCUAAUCCUCAUAUUUCAGCAUCAUGGAUCCUUGGUGAGAACUGCAAUGUCGGUGCUGUUUUUUCUGCAUAUCUCGGAGACAAUUCAAUGAAAGGACAACGAUCAUGCAGUUUACAGGGUCUAAAAGAUUUUGACCUUCGAAUCCAAGGAGCGAAUUCUGCUGUUUCAGUGGACUCAUUUGCAUCUGCUUCACUCACUGCACAGCAUGGAAAUUUCCAAAGGCUGUUCCUGGAUCUCACUCGUGUCCAUACACGCUUCGACUUUCCUUCAGGAUCGAAACUUCUUUCUGGAAUAACCUCUGUGGCAUACAGUCUUUACAAUUCUCAAGAACCAAAAGUUGAGGCACUACAGGCAAUUUGUCCGCGUGCCUCUCUAUGUUUUCAGCAGCAGAUCAUAGGACCUUUCAGCUUUAGAGUUGAUUCAGAGAUAGCAAUUGAUUUGAAGAAGGAUUGGUGUUUAAGUGUGAAGAAUCCUGUAUUUGCCAUUGAACAUGCUUUGCAAGUUCUGUGGUCUGCCAAGGCUGUUGCUUGGUAUUCCCCCAUGCAGCGUGAAUUCAUGGUAGAACUUCGUUUUUUUGAAACUUAAUGUCACCAUCAUCUGGAAUGCAGUUAAUUUUUGUUAUAAUUCUCUCUGGGUCUUGUGUUGAUAAUUCUAGCUAUUCAGAGCCACUGUGCCUGGUUAUCUCGUUUGUUUGGCAUACUGUCUCAGUUAAUGCAGUUUCAUUUACUGAUUUCUAUUUUGCGGGAAUUAGUUGGGAUAUUUUUGAGUAAGUUUAUGCUUUGUAAAAAUUGAUUGUGAGAUUAUGUUUGUAUUUCUUCUCAAAAUGUUGUUUUAAUUGUCAACAUAAUAAAAAUUUGUUGUUGAUUUGUAA